AUGAUACGUUUUUACUUAAAGACUGACGACACCGUCAUUCGCCCUUUGAAAGUGAAAUUCGAAGGAAUAACUAAAGCAUCGACACAUGGACAUUACUUAUGUGGCAAUGACAGCAGCUUUACUUGGCCCGUCGAGAAUUAUCUUGGGACUGUCAACGGCUCAGAUAGAAUUUACAUCUCUGCUUCCGCUGACCUCCUAGGACCGACCCUUGAGAACCUGGGAAACCUGAUCCGAAUGCCUUAUGGCUGUGGUGAACAAAAUAUGCUGAACUUUGCCCCAAACAUAUACGUGAUGCAAUACCUGGCAUCGUCAGGUCAGCUCACUCCCAACGUCGAGGCUCAGCUUCUGAACUACAUGAAAACAGGCUACCAGCAAGAGCUACUCUACCAGCACACUGACGGAUCCUUCAGCGCAUUUGGUAAUUCGGACGCCUCAGAUCUACUGGCUCACAGCAUUCGUGCUGAAGUCCCUCAGUCAAGCGAUAGUUACAUCACUGAGGUGUCGAUGGUUGCAGCAGCGUCGCUCGCGCCUCUCACGGCCUACGUCCUCAUAUCUCUUCUGGAAGGAAAUCUGACAGUGGACCCCCAGGUCAUAGCAAACGCCGUCGCUUGCAUCACCACAGCCACCACGAGCAACAGCACCUAUAUCAAGGCCCUGACGGCAUACGCUCUCUCCUUGCGGCGACAGCAGCGCUGCUGCUACGCUCAUUUCAGAUGUGUACAACAGUUUGACGACAUCAGGAAGUCCAGGUCUGUCUCAGGCUCUGACGGUUGA